AUGAGCCAUCGCCCACUCAAUCAUCAUCCAUCACCCACCCCAUCACAGCCAUCGCCCACUCUAUCACCAUCCAUCACCCACUCCAUCACAGCCAUCGCCCACUCCAUCACAGCCAUCGCCCACUCCAUCACAGCCAUCGCCCACACUAUCACAGCCAUCGCCCACUCCAUCACAGCCAUCGCCCACUCCAUCACAGCCAUCGCCCACACUAUCACAGCCAUCGCCCACUCUAUCACCAUCCAUCACCCACUCCAUCACAGCCAUCGCCCACUCUAUCACCAUCCAUCACCCACUCCAUCACAGCCAUCGCCCACUCCAUCACAGCCAUCGCCCACUCUAUCACCAUCCAUCACCCACUCCAUCACAGCCAUCGCCCACUCCAUCACAGCCAUCGCCCACACUAUCACAGCCAUCGCCCACUCCAUCACAGCCAUCGCCCACUCCAUCACAGCCAUCGCCCACACUAUCACAGCCAUCGCCCACUCUAUCACCAUCCAUCACCCACUCCAUCACAGCCAUCGCCCACUCCAUCACAGCCAUCGCCCACUCUAUCACCAUCCAUCACCCACUCCAUCACAGCCAUCGCCCACUCCAUCACAGCCAUCGCCCACUCUAUCACCAUCCAUCGCCCACUCCAUCACAGCCAUCGCUCACUCAAUCAUCAUCCAUCACCCACUCUAUCACCAUCCAUCACCCACUCUAUCACCAUCCAUCACCCACUCUAUCACCAUCCAUCACCCACUCUAUCACCAUCCAUCACCCACUCCAUCACAGCCAUCGCCCGCUCUAUCACCAUCCAUCGCUCACUCCAUCACAGCCAUCGCCCACUCUAUCACCAUCUAUCACCCACUCUAUCACCAUCCAUCACCCACUCUAUCACCAUCCAUCACCCACUCUAUCACCAUCCAUCACCCACUCCAUCACAGCCAUCGCCCACUCUAUCACCAUCCAUCGCCCACUCUAUCACCAUCCAUCGCCCACUCUAUCACCAUCCAUCGCCCACUCUAUCACCAUCCAUCACCCACUCCAUCACAGCCAUCGCCCGCUCUAUCACCAUCCAUCGCCCACUCUAUCACCAUCCAUCGCCCACUCCAUCGCCAUCCAUCGCCCUUUCCAUCCCCAUCCAUCACCCUCUCAUCACCAUCCAUCACCCUCUCAUCACCAUCCAUCACCAACUCUUCACCAUCCAUCGCCCACUCAUCACCAUCCAUUGCCCACUCUAUCACCAUCCAUCACCCACUCAUCACCAUCCAUCGCCCACUCAUCACCAUCCAUCGCCCACUCUAUCACCAUCCAUCACCCACUCCAUCACAGCCAUCGCCCACUCAAUCAUCAUCCAUCACCCACUCCAUCACAGCCAUCGCCCACUCUAUCACCAUCUAUCACCCACUCUAUCACCAUCCAUCACCCACUCCAUCACAGCCAUCGCCCACUCAAUCAUCAUCCAUCACCCACUCCAUCACAGCCAUCGCCCACUCUAUCACCAUCUAUCACCCACUCUAUCACCAUCCAUCACCCACUCUAUCACCAUCCAUCGCUCACUCUAUCACCAUCCAUCACCCACUCUAUCACCAUCUAUCACCCACUCUAUCACCAUCCAUCACCCACUCUAUCACCAUCCAUCGCCCACUCUAUCACCAUCCAUCACCCACUCCAUCACAGCCAUCGCCCACUCAAUCAUCAUCCAUCACCCACUCCAUCACAGCCAUCGCCCACUCUAUCACCAUCUAUCACCCACUCUAUCACCAUCCAUCACCCACUCUAUCACCAUCCAUCGCUCACUCUAUCACCAUCCAUCACCCACUCUAUCACCAUCUAUCACCCACUCUAUCACCAUCCAUCACCCACUCUAUCACCAUCCAUCACCCACUCCAUCACAGCCAUCGCCCGCUCUAUCACCAUCUAUCACCCACUCUAUCACCAUCCAUCACCCACUCCAUCACAGCCAUCGCCCACUCUAUCACCAUCUAUCACCCACUCUAUCACCAUCCAUCACCCACUCUAUCACCAUCCAUCGCCCACUCUAUCACCAUCUAUCACCCACUCUAUCACCAUCCAUCACCCACUCUAUCACCAUCCAUCACCCACUCUAUCACCAUCCAUCACCCACUCCAUCACAGCCAUCGCCCGCUCUAUCACCAUCCAUCGCUCACUCUAUCACCAUCCAUCGCCCACUCUAUCACCAUCUAUCACCCACUCUAUCACCAUCCAUCACCCACUCUAUCACCAUCCAUCACCCACUCUAUCACCAUCCAUCACCCACUCUAUCACCAUCCAUCACCCACUCUAUCACCAUCCAUCACCCACUCCAUCACAGCCAUCGCCCGCUCUAUCACCAUCCAUCGCCCGCUCUAUCACCAUCCAUCACCCACUCCAUCACAGCCAUCGCCCACUCUAUCACCAUCCAUCACCCACUCCAUCACAGCCAUCGCCCGCUCUAUCACCAUCCAUCGCCCGCUCUAUCAUCAUCCAUCACCCACUCCAUCACAGCCAUCGCCCACUCUAUCACCAUCCAUCACCCACUCUAUCACCAUCCAUCACCCACUCUAUCACCAUCCAUCACCCAUUCUAUCACCAUCCAUCACCCACUCCAUCACAGCCAUCGCCCGCUCUAUCACCAUCCAUCGCUCACUCUAUCACCAUCCAUCACCCACUCCAUCACAGCCAUCGCCCACUCUAUCACCAUCCAUCGCCCACUCUAUCACCAUCCAUCGCCCACUCUAUCACCAUCCAUCGCCCACUCUAUCACCAUCCAUCACCCACUCCAUCACAGCCAUCGCCCGCUCUAUCACCAUCCAUCGCCCACUCUAUCACCAUCCAUCGCCCACUCCAUCGCCAUCCAUCGCCCUUUCCAUCCCCAUCCAUCACCCUCUCAUCACCAUCCAUCACCCUCUCAUCACCAUCCAUCACCAACUCUUCACCAUCCAUCGCCCACUCAUCACCAUCCAUUGCCCACUCUAUCACCAUCCAUCACCCACUCAUCACCAUCCAUCGCCCACUCAUCACCAUCCAUCGCCCACUCUAUCACCAUCCAUCACCCACUCAUCACCAUCCAUCGCCCACUCAUCACCAUCCAUCGCCCACUCUAUCACAGCCAUCACCCACUCCAUCACCAUCCAUCACCCACUCCAUCACCAUCCAUCACCCACUCUAUCACCAUCCAUCUCCCACUCCAUCACCAUCCAUCGCCCUUUCCAUCACCAUCCAUCACCCUCUCAUCACCAUCCAUCACCCUCUCAUCACCAUCCAUCACCAACUCUUCACAAUCCAUCGCCCACUCAUCACCAUCCAUCGCCCACUCCAUCACCAUCCAUCGCCCACUCCAUCCCCAUCCAUCGCCCACUCAAUCACCGUUCACCGCCCACUCCAUCACCAUCCAUCGCCCACUCAUCACCAUUUAUCACCCUCUCAUCCCCAUCCAUCACCCUCUCAUCACCAUCCAUCGCCCACUCAAUCACCGUUCACCGCCCACUCCAUCACCAUCCAUCGCCCACUCAUCACCAUUCAUCACCCACUCAUCACCAUCAAACGCCCACUCCAUCACCAUCCAUCACCCACUCUUUCACAUCCAUCGCCAAUUUAUCACCAUCCAUCGCCCACUCUAUCACCAUCCAUCGCCCACUCUAUCACCAUCCAUCGCCCAUUUAUCACCAUCCACCACCCACUCCAUCACAUACAUCGCCUACUCAUCACCAUCCAUCGCCUACUCCAUUACCAUCCAUCACCCACUGCAUCACCUGCACCGUUCACCGCCCACUCCAUCACCAUCCAUCGCCCACUCCAUCACCAUCCAUCACCCACUCUAUCACCAUCCAUCUCCCACUCCAUCACCAUCCAUCGCCCUUUCCAUCACCAUCCAUCACCCUCUCAUCACCCUCUCAUCACCAUCCAUCACCAACUCUUCACAAUCCAUCGCCCACUCAUCACCAUCCAUCGCCCACUCCAUCACCAUCCAUCGCCCACUCCAUCCCCAUCCAUCGCCCACUCAAUCACCGUUCACCGCCCACUCCAUCACCAUCCAUCGCCCACUCAUCACCAUUCAUCACCCUCUCAUCCCCAUCCAUCACCCUCUCAUCACCAUCCAUCGCCCACUCAAUCACCGUUCACCGCCCACUCCAUCACCAUCCAUCGCCCACUCAUCACCAUUCAUCACCCACUCAUCACCAUCAAACGCCCACUCCAUCACCAUCCAUCACCCACUCUUUCACAUCCAUCGCCAAUUUAUCACCAUCCAUCGCCCACUCUAUCACCAUCCAUCGCCCACUCUAUCACCAUCCAUCGCCCACUCUAUCACCAUCCAUCGCCCAUUUAUCACCAUCCACCACCCACUCCAUCACAUACAUCGCCUACUCAUCACCAUCCAUCGCCUACUCCAUUACCAUCCAUCACCCACUGCAUCACCUGCACCGUUCACCGCCCACUCCAUCACCAUCCAUCGCCCACUCAUCACCGUCGACCCCCAACGCCCGUUACAUCACCAUCACCAUCCAUCCUCCACUCCAUCACCAUCCUUCGCCUACUCUAUCAUCACCAUCCAAACCCACCAUCGCCUUGUCGAGCCAUCACUAA